CAUCAUGUGGGACUUUAAGGAAAUGCUGUUGUUUCACUGGUGAGUAAAAACUCAUGCUUCCAACACUUUAACUUGUCUGAAAAUUAAAUAUACGUUAUACUCACCUGCAUUACCCACUCCAGCCAGCAGAUGGCGGUCUGCGACUUUAAGGCAAUGCUGUAGUGUGACGUAUAUUCUAGUGGACGGAACGCUUCUUUCAACAGCAGCAACAGUUAGUCAGCCACCUCGGUAGCUUGCUAGACAACAUAGCUGAACCAAUAAAGCUUGUUAGACGCUUUAGUGUAUAUUAGCCACUGCGUUUUAAACCCACUUCUGUCGUCUAGUUGGUUAUCCGAUUUCAUUUCAUAUCUACGGUGUUGUUGUUAUUAGUCAGCUAGCGGGCUGGUUAAGUUAGCAUUAUCCUAGUUAGCUAACAUCCCCGACCCUGCGGUCACAAAGCUACUCUCCUGCUAAAGAAGAAAAGGUCUGCUGGAUGAAGGAAGAGGAGGAUGUCACAGUAAAACAAGAAGUAGAGGGUGAGGCUAUUACAGUGAAAGAAGAAGAGAAAGACGUUACAGUUAAAGACGAAAAAGACGCGUUCGAAGUGAAAGAAGAGGAUGUUGUUACUGUAAAAGAAGAAGAGUAUGUUACUGUAAAAGAGGAGGAUGUUACUGUAAAAGGAGAGGAGGAUUCCGUUUUUGGAGGAAAAGAGGAGGAGUGGGAGAUGUCUGUUACAUCGAAAAAGGAAGAGGAGGAAACUGGAUAUCUGGGCCCGGUUUCCCAAACGCAUCUUAAGUUAUCCAAUGGUUCUAAUGAUGAACUUAGCCAUACGGUGGUUUUGAGAAACCUGGCCCUGAUUAACACUAGAGAGAGACGUGACUAUUGUGGAUCCUCUGGGGAGCCUCAACAACCUCAUGAUGCUGACAAGGCAGAGAAGAGUCUCUCCACAUUAGAACACCUCAAGAAACACCAGCAGAAACCCACAGGGAAGAGAACUCACCGCUGCUCUGACUGUGAGAAGAGAUUCACCUCAUCAGCGGGCAUUAAAAUUAAUCAGAGAAUCCACACAGGAGAGAAACCUUUUAGCUGUACUCAAUGUGGGAAGAGUUUUUUACUCAAAUCAGCCAGCCUGAUAUCACACCAGAGAACACAUAAAGGAGAGAAAUCUCAGCUGUGAUCAGUGUGACCAGAGAUAAUCUGAUACCUCUGAAAAUACCUCUGAUCAAACAUCAGAAAAUACAUACAUGAAGGCGUUGUUUCAUGAUAUCAAUGAAUUAAUGUAACAGUGUAGAAUGUUUAAACAUUGUAGUAGGAGUAAUUUAAUGAUGUCACAAUGUAGAAUGUUUUAACAUUGUAGUAGGAGUAUGCUAAUUGUCUUUAUUCCACUACUAAAGAAGCAUGACUCAAAUCACCUCAUAUUUCAAACAUUCAGCCUGACAAAAGAUACAUGUUUUAUUAUUCCAUGCCUCACAUUAAGUUAAUUAUUGCCAAUACAUAUUAACAAAGGGGUGUACAUUUGCUUUUGAUAUUUCAUAUUUACAAUUCAUGUAACAUUUAGUAAUCAUAAUUAUUUAUGCAACCUGCUGACAAUUUCUGGGUACAAUUAUAUUGACAUUGUUGCCCUGCUUUUAGAAUAUCAGGGUUCAUUCUCAGAAGUGCCAACCCAAAUGUACUAGAACAUGAUAUUGGGAACUGUGCCCCGAUCCAGCAACAUGCCUAUUGAGUGAACACUGAGAAGAGAGAGAAGCUCCGCAGUGAGGUGAAAAGUUACUACGGAUGUUGCAGGAGUUUCCUCUUGAAAUCAGAAACGUUUGUGGUAAGGACAACUUGGUUGCUGAUUGUCUCAAGGGUUGGCAGUCAAAAAUAUUUGUGUUUUGCAUUUUCCCAUGUAGUUCAAAAGAUCUCAAUUUAUUUUGACACAUUUUUCCGUAUUGGAGAUGAGUUUUAUCUUAUUCUUUUCCGUAUUUUUUAAAACUGCGCUGUUGGUUUGGGGCUCCUAAGUAAGAAUUUCCCUGUUGUAUUUGGCGCAUGUGAGUUUUGUUUGGGCUCUUUCCAAGGGGACGAGAGUUCUAGAAGCUAGUGAGUUUUAGGAAGACGAGAGUUCUAGAAGCUAGUGAGUUUUAAGAUUCUAUAGA